GUGUCGAAAAAAGCAAAAAACACUCGUCGGAAAAGAGAAAAAAGAAAGCAGCAAAGCAAGCAUUAGCGAAAGCAGAGCGUGUACAGAAGAAAUCAAAUAUAAAAACAAGUAUUACGAGCAAUUUGUACUGGAAACCUUUUGGCCGCGCAUCUAAAUUUCUCCUGUCUAUAUCACAACAACAACAACAACUGCUGCUGUUGUGAGUGCGCGUUUUCUUUUGAACGCUCUCCCAGAACCACAGAAAAACAAAAGCUUCUACAUGAUGUCGUCGGAUCAACAAUUCUUUCUAAAAUGGAACGAUUUUCAAACGAAUAUGGUGACCUCGUUCCGUCACUUGCGCGAUGAGAAGAGCUUCACAGACGUAACACUCGCCUGCGAAGGCCAAACCUGCAAAGCACACAAAAUGGUGCUUUCAGCUUGCAGUCCCUACUUCAAGGCGCUAUUGGAGGAGAAUCCGUCAAAGCAUCCCAUUAUCAUACUGAAAGAUGUCUCCUACAUCCACCUGCAGGCAAUAUUGGAGUUUAUGUAUGCCGGUGAAGUUAAUGUUUCGCAAGAACAGCUGCCGGCAUUUCUUAAAACCGCUGAUCGACUCAAGGUGAAAGGCUUAGCAGAGACACCUAGUUCUAUAAAACGGGAGGGUUGAUGGUAUUUAAACCAAUAAUACACAUAAAUACACAACUAUAAGAAACUUAUAUAUGCAAGCAAGAAAACAAAGCAAAAUUCCAACAACCAUAACAACAAAAAAUUUAAAUUCGAAAAUAGUGGAAAAUUACAAAAUGAAAAAGAGAAACAUUUGAGAUAUAUACGACACAUACACAAAAAUGACACACAUACAAAGUUCAUUUCGAUAAUCUAUUCAUACCAUCCAAAACUCACAUAUUGAUAGCAAUUGACAGAUAUCACAGUUCAAACUAAAAAGUGAAGUUUAUGAUUAUGAACCCCCAAAAUUAACCAUUACCAACUGCAAUAUUUAUGAACCCGGUCGACCCAUUGAACUUGAUUUGUAUCGUAUUUUUAAUUUCAUCUUAAAAUAGUUUGUAACAUAUUCUUAAAAACACACAUAAACCACACACUGUAAAAAAGGCAAAA